CGAUCGUGAGGAGUCGACCGGCCCUACAUUCGACAUUCCGCCGUUGCGUUCCAGCUCAAUUUGUUUCCUGCCAGGCGGUGUCUGCCACUUUCAUUUGCAGAUUCGAACUGUCAAUCAACUCAAACAAUGCAAAAAGAAGGUCCAAUCGACUCAGUCGCGAGGAUGGUCAGAUCUUUCCGAUCGAACAACGCGGAUGGGAAGAAGGAAAGAGAAUACCUCGAAAUUCUCGCAGAUACAAUCGGUCAUCUACAUGAACGAGUGGGCCCCACCAGAUCCAUGAGAGUGCUUGAUGUGCUACAGUCAGAAAGCGAAAAUGCAUGUAGAGUGGAACAGAUAAUCCUGCCGACGUUUAAAGGAAAGCUGAAGUCGUUAUCACUCGCGUUGAAUUCGCCCGACUGGCAAGACGAUGCAAUGACCUUGUUCGAUCCGAUUCUGAACAAAUUGAUAGAAAUCGACAACCUUUUGGAGCAGCUUGAGGGGUCGAUAGGCUCGACUCGGCGCGACACGAUGCUCGAAGAAGAAAUUUUUCCCUUCAGAGUCGGCGUAAUUUCACGUCAAUUUGUAGAUCUGUAUUCUCGAGGACUUUGUCCUUUAUUUGCCGCGUACCAGGCGUUCUUCGGUUGGUUCGAUUAUUCAAACCUUCAUUUUAUAAGGACGGAUAACGGACGUCAUGUCGACAGACUGACCACUGCAUCCGUGGAGAAAAUUGACGAUCUAAUUCCAACGCUCCGAAAACCUUUGUUGUGCGUGGCAAAAAAAGAAUGGAAAGCGUUUGUUGAGGGGAUCGAUUUCCAGUUCAAAGAACCUGUGAAACGACGGAUUCUCAACUCGCCCCACGGCCACAGUGAUGAUUGGUUUUCGGAUUCAGGAAAGGCAGAACGGGAUAAGUCUUUCAAAGCCGUAACUCUCGUCAGCAAGUUAUGUCGGAUAUAUUUUCAUCAGCUGUCCCGAUCCACCGCCAAUCCGCCAUUAAUAUUUGCUUCUCCAUCGAUGGAGAUGAAAGAGGAUCGAUUGAAUCAUUUUUUCCAUUUUACCCAGACAACUACUUAUUCCAUAAAAGAAUUUUUAGAGAUGAGCAUAACUCGCUCAACGGACCGUCAAUCCCUUCAGGAAGCCACCUAUAAUCUUGAAGAUAGCGUUGCCGAAUUGUCGCAAAUUCUGGAAAAAUAUUGGGACACAUUGUUGCUGAAGGAGGAUCCACCGGUUAAUCAAGAAGCAAUUGCCGAAGCUCGCCGAUGGCUCAAAUCGUGGAGAUGCAUGUUUCUGAUUGCGACUGAGAAGUUCAUGCGAGUUACUGGUUGUAGAGAACUCCAUUGGUGA